GAGUGUUUUUAAUAAACCUGAGGGGUUUCCACACUAAAUAAAGGCUGUGCCAAGAACUGGAUGCCGGGCAGGGACACAGGGCUUGACCCACGGCAUGAGGGGUGCUCUGAUUUGGAGGGGGGGUUGGCUGGUGGGGUUACACCCCCCAAUGUCUGUGUCACUUUUUGGGAGCCUCCUAUCACUGGGAAAAUGGGAGCAGGAACACCCGAGUGGUUCCAGCUGGAUGGAGCCAAAAUAAAGGGAGUGAAGGGGCUCCAAAGGGGCCACCCCCGGGAAAAUGGGACCAGGAACCACAUCCAGCUGGAUGGAGUCAAAAUAAAGGGAACGAAGGGGUUCCAAACCAGCACCCCUGGCUCCGGGAACGCCUCCUGGGUGGAGGAGCUCCCUGCCUGCCCGGACACGCGCCCGGCGCGGGGGUGGCGGGGCCCGGCACCGGUGGAGGCACCGAUGGAGCCGCGGUGGCAGUACCAGUUCCGGGUGAUCAUGCUGGGGGACUCCACGGUGGGGAAAUCCUCCCUCCUCCGGCGCUACACCGAGGGCACCUUCCUGGACGCCGUCAACCAGACGGUGGGGGUGGAUUUCUACGUCCAGUUCGUGGAGCUGGAGCCGGGGCUGAGGGUGAAGCUGCAGUUCUGGGACACGGCCGGGCAGGAGAGGUUCAGGUCCGUGACUCGCUCCUACUACCGCAACUCCGCCGGGGGGAUGCUGCUCUUCGACCUCACCAACCGCGCGUCCUUCGAGAGCGUGCGGCGCUGGCACCGCGAGGUCACCGACACGGUGCAGCCCUCCCGCCUCGUCUUCCUGCUGGUGGGGCACAAGAGCGACCUGGCGGGGCAGCGCCGCGUGGGCCGCAGGGAGGCCGAGAGGCUGGCGGCCUCGCUGGGCGCCCAGUACGUGGAGACCUCGGCCAAGGACGCCUCCAACGUGGCCCUGGCCUUCCAGAUGCUGACGGUGGCCAUUUACCAGGCGCUGCAGACGGGCAGGUUGGUGGCCACCGAGGCGUGGGACGGGGUGAAGAGCAGCGUCCCCCUGCCCGUGCCGCCCAAAGCUCGGCUGUCGGAGAAGGAGGAGAAGAGGAAGAGGUGCUCGUGCUAGAGCU